AUGGCAACAAGAAGAAUAACCCCCAUCUACUUAGCAAGAACCUCAAUACUAUCUCCACUACCCCGCGCUCGACAGGGGCCCCUCACGUGCACCUCCCCACUACAUCAUCACGCACGCCAGCUACGAACCACGGCUGUUUGCGCUGGCUACGACCAGAAAGCAAAUGUAGGCGCAAAGCGCGAUGCGGCGCCGGACAUAGCCAGGGGGGCUUCGAAGGUGUUUAGGGAUGCAGAUGCAGCUGUAGCAGAUAUCCAAAACGGCAGCACGAUUCUCAGUGCUGGAUUCGGACUAUGUGGCACUGCUGAAACCAUCAUAGCAGCUCUCUCUAAACGAGGGAAGAGUGGACUUCACUCUCUCACUGCCGUUUCAAAUAACGCGGGCACGACAGCGGGCGGUGGACUCACCCCCCUCGUCAACUCCGGACAAAUCGAUCGCUUGAUCUUGAGUUUUCUAGGCGCGAAUAAGGGGUUGGAGAGCAAGUAUCUUGGGGGUGAGAUUGCUAUUGAGCUAUGUCCGCAGGGUACGAUUGCAGAGAGGAUACGUGCUGGUGGGGCGGGCAUUCCGGCGUUUUUCACGCCGACUGGGAUUAAUACGUUACUGCAAUCUGGAGAAAUCCCAGUGAGGAUGGGUCCGGUGGAUAAGGCGACGGGGAAAGCUACAGUUCUGGAGGCUGGAAAGCCGAGAGAGACGAGGAUUUUUGGGGGCAAGGUUUAUGGGAUGGAAGAGGCGAUUAAGGGCGAUGUGGCGAUUCUACGAGCGUGGAAGGUAGACGAGGCGGGGAAUUGCCAGUUCAGAUAUACCACCAAAGCAUUCGGCCAAAUCAUGGGCAAGGCAGCAACAGUCACCAUCGUCGAAGCGGAAAACAUAGUUCCAAUUGGAGAUAUCCAUCCGGAUAGUGUUCAUCUUCAAGGAAUCUAUGUAGAUCGUAUCGUUCCUGCGACGACAGAAAAGAUUAUCGAAAUAAUAAAGCUGAAGGAGAGUCGAGGUCAGCCAAGUGGUGAACAAUCGCCAUCUCAGGUGCGGCGAGAGAGGAUAGCAAAGCGGACUGCGAAGGAACUGAAACAUGGAUACUACGUGAAUCUUGGAGUUGGCAUUCCAACUUUAGCGCCUUCGUUCCUGUCUCCUGAGACGAAGGUCUGGAUUCAGUCCGAGAACGGACUAUUGGGAAUGGUGAGCCGAAAGCCCAGGUUCGCUUUGAGAGAAAAUGUGCUUACAGUUUCUGUUUCUGUUCAGGGACCAUAUCCGACCGAGGAAGAAGUCGAUGCAGAUGUCGUCAACGCCGGCAAAGAAACCGUCACGAUAGUCCCCGGCGGCUCAACCUUCGACAGCGCGGAAUCAUUCGCCAUGAUCCGCGGUGGGCACAUUGACGUCUCCGUCCUCGGCGCCCUCCAAGUAAGUGCCAACGGCGACCUCGCGAACUUCAUGAUCCCCGGCAAGGUUUUCAAAGGCAUGGGCGGCGCCAUGGACCUAGUCGGGAACCCAGACCAGACGAAAAUCGUCGUUGCCACGGACCAUGUGGCCAAAGAUGGUAGUUCGAAGAUCGUCGAGACUUGUGUGUUGCCGUUGACGGGGGCGAAGGUCGUUAGUACGAUUAUUACGGAUUUGUGCGUCUUUGAUGUCGAUAGGGUGAAGGGCGGCUUGACGCUCAUUGAGCUGGCGCCAGGUGUGGAUAUUGAAGAGGUUAGGAGGAAGACUGAUGCGAAGUUUGCGGUUGCGGAUGUUGUUGGAUCUAUGGAAUGA